AUGAUCGACGACGACGACAAAGUAGAUAUAUACGGAUUGCUCCCCGAAGAAUCAUGGAUGGCUAUAGUAUUUCUUCUUUUCGGCACAUUUUUCCUCGCCGUUUUCACUGGUUUCUGCAGAAAGCUGUUCUCAUAUUGUACGCCAAAAUUGCAACACAUAUUGAAAUACCUCGGAUACCCUGGACUGUUCAUUGCGAUUCUGAUUCAAACGUUCAUUUUCCAACACCUUAACAAAAGACACUGCGAAAACUGGCUGAUUUUGAUGGGUGAGGGACACAAAAACGAGUUUCCGAUCUCGUUGAUCUUCUCUCAUGCUGUCGGAAUGCUCAGCUUCUCCUAUUUGUUGAUGUUGUAUAAAAGUCUUCUUCCGUGUCAAUUGGAGCAUUUGUUUUUCAAGAAUGACACGUUACAGCCAAUAAUGAUCAUCGUCGUCCUCUGUGAAUUCUUAUCCGGCGCCGCUCUUCAUAUACUUCUGAGACAGUUCAAUGGGGAUGAUGGAGCCACUGCAUUGGUCUACGCGAUCGUUUUUACAAUUACUCGCAGAGCCGCUGGAGUCCCCGCCGCUCAUCCACUCUUCUUCUUCUUCCGAUUUUUCAGCUGCGUUCUCAAAAUGCCGGUUAACGAAGGAGUCAUUGCUCUCGUAGUUCAUGUUUUCCUACCAUAUAUUGGAUGGAUAUUCGUUCCAUGGGUAUCCCGGAGCCCGUCAACUCUGAAAUCGACGUGGCUAUUAAAAUACGAGCGAAAACAAGAGCAGGCGAUGAGAGCGCAGAGAGCACUGGAAGAAGAGCAACGGAAUAAGCACUACAAUUUGAGACAGAGGAAUAACAGAGGAGGUGGCAGAAACAGAGGACGUUAA